AUGGUGGAAGGAGGUGUUGUGAAGGCAGAUAAGACAGAAUUCACAGAAUGUUGGCGUGUCACUUGGAAAAAUCCCUAUAUUAUGAGGCUCGCCUUUUCGGCAGGUAUAGGAGGGCUGCUAUUCGGGUACGACACAGGUGUGAUUUCCGGGGCCUUGCUCUACAUCCGGGACGAGUACAAGUCUGUUGACAGGCAGACAUGGCUCACCUUAUUUGAGCAGGAAACGAUCGUGAGCAUGGCUGUAGCAGGAGCUAUUGUUGGUGCUGCUUUGGGGGGAUGGAUGAACGACAAGUAUGGUCGAAAAAAGUCCAUUCUUGUGGCUGAUAUUCUAUUCACCAUCGGAGCAUUGGUCAUGGCUGCUUCUGUAGGUCCUUGGAUGAUAAUCAUUGGAAGAAUAAUAGUCGGUUUUGGAGUUGGGAUGGCAUCCAUGACGGCGCCACUUUAUAUCUCGGAAGCAUCUCCUGCAAGAAUCCGAGGAGCAUUAGUCAGCACUAAUGGAUUGUUGAUUACCGGAGGACAAUUCUUGGCAUAUCUCAUUAACUUAGCAUUCACAAAGGCACCGGGAACCUGGCGUUGGAUGCUCGGGGUAGCUGGAGUUCCAUCCAUUGUUCAGUUCGUCUUGAUGUUGUCGCUUCCCGAGUCUCCAAGGUGGCUGUAUAGACAGGACAAGAUUCAAGAAGCCAGGGCAAUUUUGGAGAAAAUAUACCCUGCCAACGAGGUGGACGACGAAAUGAAGGCUCUACAAACCUCCAUUGAAUCUGAGAAGGCUGAGGAAGGAGCCAUUGGCAAUACUUUAUCAGCAAAGCUAAAGAAUGCUUGGAAAAAUGAUGUUGUCCGAAGGGGCCUGUAUGCGGGAGUCACCGUUCAAGUUGCUCAGCAGUUUGUUGGCAUAAACACUGUCAUGUACUACAGCCCAACCAUUGUUCAGCUGGCGGGAUUCGCCUCGAACAAGACAGCCUUGGCCCUUUCCCUCAUCACCUCUGGUCUGAACGCCCUUGGCUCAAUUGUCAGCAUGGGGUUUGUCGACAGGUUUGGGAGGCGAAGGCUGAUGAUCAUAUCCAUGUUCGGGAUCAUUACUUGCCUCAUCGCAUUGGCUGUGACAUUUUAUCAAGCCUCCGCUCAUGCACCGGGAAUCAGCAACAUCCAAUCCCUCCACUUUGGGAGGAACAACACUUGUCCCCAGUACUUGGAAUCAGCAAAGGCAUCAUCUUGGAAUUGCAUGUCCUGUCUCAAAGCAUCUAAGGACUGUGCUUUCUGCACAAAUGGACACAAUCAAUAUCAUCCCGGAGCAUGCCUGGCCGCAACGAAUGCAGUGAAAGGCAUGUGCAAAGCUGAGCAUCGGACGUGGUUCAGCCAGGGUUGUCCAAGCAAGUUUGGGUUUUUGGCAGUGGCGCUUAUGGGACUGUACAUCAUAACAUACUCCCCUGGAAUGGGAACUGCACCUUGGAUAGUGAAUUCAGAGAUAUAUCCACUGAGGUUCAGAGGCAUUGGAGGAGGGAUUGCAGCAGUUGCCAAUUGGAGUUCCAAUCUGAUAGUGAGUUUAACCUUCUUGUCAUUGACUGAGGCACUUGGUUCUGCUGGGACAUUCCUGCUCUUUGCCCUGUUUUCCUUCAUUGGGCUUGUGGCCAUAUACUUCCUGGUUCCUGAAACCAAGGGGAUGCAGUUUGAGCAAGUGGAGAAGAUGCUGGAGAGGGGCUUCAAACCUAAGCUGUGUGGCAAGUCAAACAAUCAACAAGUUAGAUAAGACACUGUGUAAUACGAUGUCACUGUUAUUGUUGAAGAUGGACCAUAUAAUAUUCUUUUCAAGUGUGAUCAUCAGUUUUUUGUUGUGUACUACUACUUCUUUGUAAGAUGUAACUGUGAUGGUGAUGCUCUGGUUCAUCUGCUGUUGCCAAUGUUUUGUGUACAGCCAACUUUUAAACAUCAUUGUAUAUCUCAACCGACACUCGAGGCUGUGAUGAUACAGCAACAGUGAUGACAAGGGACACACUGCUGUGCCAGCUAGAGUAAUAAUUAAUUUGCA